UAUGCGCAUGUGCAAUACCUUGAGAAGAAGCCACAGGCACAGAUGCCCCGCCUUCAAUUCUGAGACUGAUUCCAAAAAGCAUCGGAAUUGGUAAAAAGUUAGACUUGCACAGUUAUUAAUCACGAUUUUCAUUUCGUGUAAAUUGGCUUGUUUGUUUAUUAUAUUAUGCUUAUUUCCCCUUUUCAUUGGAAAGCAAAUAAGGAAAAUCUUAAAAUAUCAUAAAAAAUGGAUGAUAUGGAUAAAAUGCGAAAUAAACCCAGUCCAAAGAAGAAGAAAACUUUUAAAUGUGAUAUUUGCUGUAAAUCAUUAACUACUAGUAGUGGUCUACUUUAUCACAAAAAAAUUCAUAAUGGCGAAAAAAAUUUCAAAUGUGAUAUUUGUUUUAAAUCUUUCACUUUGCAUAGUAAUCUAAAUGACCACCUCAAAAUUCAUAAAAGAGAAAAAUUAUUUAAAUGCGAUAUUUGUUCUAAAACAUUUAGAAGAAAGCCGGGCUUAUCCGCACAUAUAAGAGUUCAUACUGGCGAAAAAAACUACAAAUGUGAUGUUUGUGACAGAUCAUUUGGCGCAAGUGGUGAUCUACGGAGACAUAUCCUAUGCCAUACUGGCGAAAAAGUUUUCAAGUGUGAGAUUUGUGAAAAGCUAUUUAAAAGAAGUGAUACUUUAAAAAUACACAUCAGGACACAUACUGGCGCCAAACCAUAUAAAUGUGAUGUUUGUAGUCAAUCAUUUAGUCAGUCAUCUCAGUUAUACCGACACAGGCCUGUUCAUACCAGAGAAAAAUCAUUUGAAUGUGAAAUAUGUCGCAAGUCAUUUUCCCGCAAGGAUACGUUAAAUUCCCACAAAAACAGUCACACAGGUGAAAAACAAUACAAAUGCGAUAUUUGUGAAAAAUACUUUACCUAUCGUAACUAUUUAAAACUUCAUCAAAAUAUCCACUCAGGUGAAAAACCUUUUAAGUGUGAUUUAUGCAGUAAGUCAUUUGCUCAGUCAGGUACUUUAAAGGGACACCUUAAAUCACACACAGGUGAGAAGCCGUAUAAAUGCGAUGUUUGUGCUAAGUCAUUUUCUUUUAAAAGUGGUCUCGUAGAACACACGAGAAAACACACAGGUGAGAAGCCGUAUAAAUGUGAUGUUUGUGGUGAAUCGUUUGCUUAUAAAAGCAAUUUUAAUUUGCACGUACGGAAAUCACAUGAGACAGAAACAUCAUAAAUAUAUGACGUGUUUUAAAUCAUUUAGUCAAAGUGGGGUUGGGUUGUCUAGUGGUUUAAUGCAUGCGCGUGAAAUCACAAGCUCUUUCAUUGAGUCAAGUGGCGUGGAUGUGAUUCUUCGCUUGAACAUGACAAGGAAUAGGGUCGCCUAUUCAGCCUCAUGGACUGCCUCCCACUGCUAAAGACCCCUAUGAGCAGGUGAAUUAUUGAAAUAAGAUUGAACCAUAUGCUAGUCUGGAAAUGACCUAGUUUGUGUCGAGUGGACGUUAAACCCCAUCUUUCUCUCCACCAUAUUUGAACAAGGGAGUUUAUGUGGCCGUAUCGUUGAACGCGUGGACGUUAAAUCAUCAGGUCUGUCAUUGAGUCAAGUGGCGUGGUUGCGAUUCCCUGCUUGUACAUGACAAGGAGUAGGGUCACCUUUCUUUUCUCCAGGUUUCCUCCCAGAUACAGACCCCAAUGCACAAGCGAAUUAUUGAAAUAAAAUUGAACCAUGUUAGUCCCAAAAUGACUUAGUUUGUUGCAAUUGAGGUUAAUAAGAUUUUAUUGUUUUUAUUGUAUAAAUAAAGGAUAAAUUGAAGUUCAUUGUAAAUAAGUUUGUACAUAUUUGUAUUACAUGCAUUGCGACCCAUUUGUGUCCAUUUCUAGGUGACAAAGAAUAGUGAUUAUGUUUUUUAAUUUUUUAUCAACAAUUUGUGUUCAUUUUAUUUUAAUUUACUGACAGUUUAAAUGUGUUUUUUUUACAUUUUUCAAUUUAUCUGUCUGUAAAUGUACUGUUAUUGUCCAGUUUAUUUGCACAGGAAUUGAAUAUGUUUAUAAUAAACUCUGUUAUUUGCUCUUGUAAUUCAUAUAGAAUAGAAUUUAACUUAUGGGACUUGGUGCUGUGUGAUGUAAGACAAGUGUCUAAUCACUUUACUGAAGUCAAAAGGGGGAACUUGACUGAACACUCCGGUAUUGAAUUCUCAUAAUCCCAAAAAUGCGUCAACUGCAUUAGAAAAUAUCUUACCAACCAUGACAUCUGGGACAUAUUUGUUAUGAUUAAUUACAUCACGAUUCUACUCAUACCACCUCUGUUGUCGGAACUGACAGAAAUGAAUUCUGCGUCAAUUAACUGCAAUUCUGUCAAUUCAUUACGACCCGGACUGACAACUGACAGGACUGAAUUCUGCAUCACUCAAUUGCAAUUCUGUCAAUUCAUAACGUUCUGGCUAAUUGAGCACCCCUUUAGUGUAUAAAUAAUACAAAAGGUAUUUUGAUAAAAGAUUCAGAUCAUGUUCUUUUUUAUAGACAGGAAAUUUAUACUUUGCCAAGAUGAAUAAAAAAACUUCAGUGGU